GCAAAAGGGUGGUUUGCAACGUGUAUAUGUAUAGGAGCUGAAACGGUGACCAUCUUUUUUCGAAUUUGCCUCCUCCUCCACUCCUUAGCUCAUCUCUCUCACUUUACUCCGCAAAAUCAGACGAUGAAGUUCAGAAGACUUUGAAUUUCGAAAUAGAAGCCAUACCUGAAUCCUCUCUCUGCGGUGGGGUGUGGAGUUUAGUCCAAGCAAGGCGGCCAGGAAUGAAGACAAUCAGAUUCAUGCGCAAUCUCUGCAUUGCUGCGCUCUUACUCGCUACUGUUCUCUCAGGUUUCUCGUCGGCUCUCGAGGAGGGACAAAUAUGCGUCUCAAAUCAAAAUUGCGACGCAGGGCUACACUGUGAGACGUGCGUUGCUAAUGGAAACGUACGGCCGAGAUGUACUCGGAUUCAACCGUUGAUUCCAUCUUUAAAGACGAAGGGAUUGCCGUUUAAUCGGUACUCGUGGCUGACGACGCACAAUGCAUUCGCUCGAUUGGGGGAGAGAUCGGACACGGGGUCUGUGAUUUUGGUUCCGACGAACCAGCAGGACUCCAUUACCGAUCAGCUCAAGAAUGGUGUUAGAGGGUUGAUGCUUGAUAUGUAUGACUUUGAGAAUGACGUUUGGUUGUGUCACUCCUUUGGUGGGCAAUGCUACAACUACACAGCUUUUCAACCUGCCGUGAAAGUUUUGAAGGAGAUUCAACUGUUUCUGGAAGCAGACCCCUCAGCAAUCAUCACCAUAAUUAUUGAAGACUAUGUUACAUCUCCGAGGGGCCUAACCAGGGUGUUUGAUGCUGCUGGUCUAAGAAAAUUCUGGUUUCCUGUUUCUCGGAUGCCAAAAAAUGGCGAAGAUUGGCCAACGAUUGAUGAUAUGGUGAAGCAAAAUCAGCGUUUAGUGGUUUUUACUUCAAAAUCUUACAAGGAGGCGUCUGAAGGGAUUGCAUAUGAAUGGAGAUACCUGGUGGAAAACCAAUAUGGUAAUGAUGGGAUGAAAGAUGGUUCUUGCCCCAACCGUGCUGAGUCAUCUCCUAUGAACACAAAAGCAAGGUCUCUUGUCCUUAUGAACUACUUCCCUGAUGCUCCAGAUAUAACCCAAGUUUGCAAGCACAAUUCUGCUCCUUUAAUUAGUAUGAUGAAGACUUGCUCUACUGCAGCCGGUAACCGAUUGCCCAAUUUUAUAGCUGUUGAUUUCUACAAGAGAAGCGAUGGAGGGGGAGCUCCUGAAGCCGUUGAUAUGGCCAAUGGUCAUCUAGUUUGUGGGUGCCAGAGUAUUGCCUAUUGCAAGGAAAAUGCACCUUUUGGAAUAUGCGACCAACCAGCGGCUGUUGUUACCCCCUCAGCAUCAGAGAGCUCCGGGGCGGCUAUCUCUGAUUAUAAAGCAGUUCAGCUGCAGUGGCUGUUGGGGAUAGUUUUAAUGGCUAUCACGAUAUGGAAUUCAUAGCUUAUACUCUUUCUUGGCAACACCUCGGAGAACUAACACAAGGAAUGUGCCCAUUUCCACUUGUCUAUAAUGGGUGCCACGUCAAACACGAAGGCAGCUUUUGUUCUAGUUCUUUAUUGGUUUGAACUACCAGGGAUAGAAUCAAAUGUUGUGGUUGUUGGUUAACGAGGAACAUUCUCUUGUUUGUCUAAUCAGGUAUUUGAGUAGAUUAGGAAAAAGGGGCAAAAGAGCAAAAGAAGAAAAAACCUAAUCCUUUAAUUUGUAACCCAUCUGGAAUGGGUUUAGGUGGGUGUCAUGUGGUUGAAGUAACAGAAGAUCAUCAGCUUGUAUUGGUUAUUUCUGUUAUGAUUUUUCUGCUCAGUUCUGUGUUUAUUUAUAUAACUGGGGGAAGUUCUUGU